AUGGCUAACGUACUCGCAUCUCUGGUUGGGAAGCGUAUCUUGGCCGAAACGGCAAGAAACCAUUUUGGACAAGAAGACCCCUACUUUGAAGAAGUCCCCGCUUCCCGUCUGCACCGCGCCUUUGGCAAAAAGACCCAGAAACGACGCAAAGCGAUUCCCCCGGGCUUGUCCCAGAACGACAGCCACAUCCUCACUCAAGUUAAGCGCAGAGCAUACAGACUCGAUUAUGCCUUGUUCAGUCUGUGCGGCAUUAGGUUCGGCUGGGGAAGUGCGAUUGGUCUAAUCCCAUUUAUUGGAGACGCAGCAGAUGCCGGACUGGCGAUGAUGGUGGUCAACAACUGCGAAAAGAUUGACGGCGGACUGCCCACCAGUCUCCGGAUGAGGAUGGUCCUCAACGUCAUCUUCGACUUUUUGAUUGGCCUGGUGCCUUUUGUGGGCGACGUUGCCGACGCCAUCUACAAGUGCAACACCAGAAACGCCGUCAUCCUGGAGCAAUAUCUCAGAGAAAAAGGUGCGAAGGCGGCCUCCAGACGACACAGAGAGGGAAGCCCCGGGGCAGAUAUCAGUCUGCCGGACGAGUUUGAUAGAUAUGACAAGACCAUAACUGAUGGGGGGCCCGCUCAUGCGGGCGUCUCGGGCAGUUCUAAACCAGCCAAGAACACCCGAAAAAAUCGAGACCAUGGUCGAUGGUUUGGCGGUGCAGCCCAUCCAGACGAUGACCUGGAAACCGGAGUGGUCAAUAACUCCAGACGUCCUAGAUGA